AUGGCACGGAUGAGGGUUUCGAGAAGUACUGCGGUGAGGCCCUUCGUCAGUACAUCGGAAGGCCGGAUGCGGUCGACUACUACCUCGCGUACUUCCAGUUCGAACAGGACAACGAAACCGUUUGGCGCAAGUCCGAUAUCGUCGAGUACCUGACCGGCAGACCGGCGAAGCGUCUCGCGGAGUGGCUCGUGGAGAAUCGUGCCGCGGUCCUGGGAACCGGGACGCCAUCGUGACUGUCCCCCAGCUCUUGACCUGUUGCGCCGCCGCUCCGACCAUGGACGGAUGAGUCCACAACCCGCCGCAGCGACGAAACAGGCCGCCCGUGCGAUGCCCGGAGAUGUCGCUCUGGAGCUCCUCGACGAUCUCGACCGGGUGGCGAUCGACGUGAGUACUCACGUAUCGCAACUGCAAGACGCUCCAGCCGCGCUGGACAAGAGCACAUAUCUUGAGGUCCUGCACCGUUCGACAUCGGCCAAUAUAGGUGCUGUUAUGUCGAGUCUGGCGUACGGGAUCGAUCCAACCUCGGUCUCACCGCCGCACGGGGCGCUGGAACUCGUCGACCAUGUCGCCUGUGAUCGGGACGGACUCCCCGUUCUCCUGCGCAUCUAUCGGCUUGGCGCUGCCCAGACGGCACACUACUUCCUGCGUUGUCUGGGACAGCGCGUAUCGGACACCGAAACACUGGCAGCUCGUAUUGACGGCAGGCAAGUUAUCUCGACGACUAUGUCGAUCACGUCAUGCAAUGCCUGAGCGAUCAGUGGGCUGA